UAAUAAAUCUAUCCAAAAGCUUCUGAUCGCGCAGUCGCAAGACACAGAUGUCGUCGAGUAUUCACGAGUAUUGGACAAACAAUGAUACGCGUAUGUGUGUGAGAACAUGUGAAUAUGAAAACAGGCUCAGAGAAAUAGAUAGUUAGUUGGUGAGGGCUGCUGAGGACCGACGACGAAGAGAUCGACGAGCGAGACGUCUGCGCAGGAACAAGUCCUUCAGUUAUUAAAUAAUCCUUUUCGAGGAAGAAUUUUCUCAGAUUAAUAACAUGGUGUCCAUAAAGAAUCUGGGACUCGCCGGAUCCUGUACGUUCUCCAUUGGACUUUUUAUUUACAUCUUGGGCUUUCCUGCAAUACUGAAAUCGCAAGUGAAAUCGCAAAUUAGUCUGAAAAAAGGCACAGAAAUGCGCGAUUUUUGGGAAAAGCUUCCACAACCAAUGGACUUCAAUAUCUAUGUGUUUAAUAUAACGAAUCCCAACGAGAUCAAAUCAGGAGCAAAACCUAUCAUCCAAGAACUCGGGCCUUUUCACUACGACUUAUAUCGAGACAAGGAGAACAUCGUUGAUCAAGAAGAAGAGGAUACCGUCGAAUAUAGCCUCAAGCAAGUCUGGUAUUUCAAUCUGGAGAAGAGCGCCAUGCCAGACACCGUGGAUAUCUACUCGUUUCAUCCUAUCAUGUUAGCGUUAAUUCUCAUUGCCCAAAGAGAGAAACCAGCUGCGAUGGGAAUUGUCAACAAAGCAUUAGACAGUGUUUUCAAGAAACCUGAAUCAGUAUUCAUCAAAACCAGCGUAAAAGAAUUGUUCUUCAGUGGUAUACGUUUUGAAUGUAAGGAUGUAACCGAUUUCGCUGGAUCUGCAAUUUGUGGCGAACUGCGAGAAAGGGAGCAUAUAUUAGUGCGAGAAGAGGACUUAAUAUACAGAUACGGUUAUUUCUCUACGCGCAACGGAACUCACAUGGCGGAUCGUAUAAAAGUAUUACGCGGAAUUAAGAAUUACAAAGACGUAGGCCGCGUCUUGUCCUUAGGAAACCAGACGGAUAUGAGCAUUUGGUCAGGUAGUCCUUGCAACAAUUUUCGCGGUUCGGAUGGGACCAUCUUCCCACCUUUUCUUACCAAAGAUAGACAAGUUUGGGCACACUUUCCAGAUAUCUGUCGAAGUAUAGGUGCCUACUACGUCGAACCAGGGGAAGUUAAAGGAUUCAAAACGUUACAUUACACGGCAGAUAUGGGAGAUCCAUCCAUAAAUGAGGAUGUAAGAUGCCUGUGUCUCAAGCCCGACGAAUGCAUGCCGAAAAAUAUAUUUGAUGCGGGUCCUUGUAUGCAUGUACCUAUAAAAAUAAGUCUACCUCAUCUACUUAAUUCCGAUCCACUUUACUACGAGAUGAUUGAUGGACUGCAACCUGAUCCGGAGAAGCAUAUGAUGACUUUUGACUUCGAUCCAUUGACAGGCACUCCAUUGAGAGCAUAUAAGAAAAUUCAAUUUAACGUGAUGAUCGAACCCAUAUCGAAACUCAAGUUAAUAAAGUCUUUUCCAACCGUGUUAUUCCCGAUAUUCUGGGUAGAAGACGGACUUGAACUCGGACCUAUUCUUAUAAAGCCGUUGAAAGUCGCGUACAUGCAAAUUUUAAUCGCAAAAAUAGUGAUAUGGUUCAUAAUGCUGAGUGGAAUAGGCAUGAUGGCCGUCGCCGGGGUAAGAUACUAUCAAGAGAACAAUAACAAGAACUCAAACAUAUCGCUACAAGCGGUUCCGAGUGAAAAGCAGAAAAGAAACAGUGCUUCAACGAUCCCAAAGAUGUCUGUCAGCAUCACACCUGGUGCGGUACCACCUAACAUCGAUUAAGACAAUCGGUGUAUUGUCAGUUCAUCGUUGGAACUGGAGAACUGUCGAGAACUGACAUUGAUAAUAUGAUGCUGAUUACAGUAUGUUAUGGAUAAAUAUUUUACAAGAUAUUGUUAU